AUGGCCUCACGUCGUCGCAACAUCGGGGCUAGCCGGCGGAGGAGAAGAAGAGAUGAGGAAGGCGAGGAUGAAGGUUCCCUAGAUGGAGGAUUGGAAGAUGAUUCGUUAAGCGAGGGCUCGGUCAUCAGUCAUCCCGGUGAUGAUGAUGAUGAUGCUGAUGGCGAGGGAAGCGACGAGAGCGACGUGGAGGCUUCUUCGUCCCCGCACCUGGACAGAACCAACGGACCUCAAGUGAACGGCCUUGUGCCUGAAAUCAACCAGCGGUCUGGACGACGCCAUUCCUCAUCUCCUGCCAAACGACACACGGCUACUGCUGUGUCAGACACUGAGGCCAUGAUGAACGGAUUGACGCUGUCUGAUCACACGAGUGAAGUGGCGGAAAUCCACUUUGAUGAUAUGAAGGGGGAGUCUGCUUCACUGACAGGAAGGACACCAUCUGCACCUCCCACAGAAGCGAAGAGAGGGACUUUUGCGGAGCGAAAACGCCGCGAACACGAAAGGUAUGCAAAGGAGCGAGAUGAGAAUCCGGCCUUCGUGCCCACUCGAGGACGCUUUUUCCUUCACGAUAAGCGCUCCACCGAGUCUGGCUCGAAUGGCCACAGGCCGUUCAACAAAUCAAAAUCGAGACCCUAUGGCCUCAUCGUGGAUGGCAAUGUUCGCAGUGAAGGGCAGUGGGCACAUGAUCUGCACGAGAUGGUCGCAGGAGAUGAACCCGUCAACAAGCCCUCUGCUGUACCAGGAUCCAUGUCGAAUUUUGCUCCAAAACCUGUCCCUACGGCUCCUCGUUCUACGCCCCCGAAUAGGUCUUUCUCGAGCACCACCCUGAUCGGCAAUGUGCCUGUCGUAGUAUUUCUGCAGGGCAUGGCUCGGCCGAUACCUUUCCCUGCCGUUCCAAAGAAGCAACACACUCGUCUCCCUCAACAUCGUCCCCCGUUACGUCGAGACAAGCCCGUUCGCAUAUCGUUCCCUGGACAGUCUCCGAGAUACAUAUUCCCCUCGACAGAGCGCUCGUUCAUCUUUAUUCCACGAGCGCUGAGGCCCAAUCAGCAGGGUUACCGUGGCAGGGGCCGAGGUGGAUUCUAUGGCGGACGCCGUCCGAGUAUUUAUGCAGGCUCCGUCUACACCCCAAGCGUCACUGCUAGCCGGAGAUCGUCGAUGGGCAAGCCAGCCUCACAGGAUGGAUAUCCCUCGCCGACUGCAUCUGUAUUGUCCAGGCAUACGGUGGUUACGACCGAAAAUGGGAAGCCAAUCGUUCGUCUGCCUCCGCCUUCCAGGCCAUUAGGCGGCGUGCCACCCGCAGCCACUGCUGCUGGUCCCGGAGCCGUUGUUACCGCGUCACUGCCACAACCUAUGCCUCAACCUCAGCCCCAGCAACCCUCGUACCGCGAGAGCCGCCCGGCUCCUAUCCCAAUGCAUCAGCCUCGUCCUCAGAAAGCGGUUUCUGUCGCCGACAUAGAGACUCCUGCAAGCUUCUCCUUCAACGCCCCCCAGCCACAGCAGGAACAACCAUUCCAACACCAGGUCCCUAUGCCUAUCAAUGGCCCCGGCUAUGGCGCCGAUGCUCAAUCUGCCCAUGCAACCGGGACGCCUUCAUCUCACAUACCCGAGCGAGCAAUCCAUGCUCAGCCUUUCCAACCAUACGGCUUCCAACAAGCCCAGCCGUUUUAUCCUACCGCUUAUCCCCCCAGUACAGUAUACUAUCCAGUUUCUGGAACAGAAUUCCCGCAGUACAACGCAGCCGGCAUGCCGGGAGCCUCCCUAGUGCCCUAUCCCCCACCGGGGCAGCAAACUCCAUAUGUGGUUCCAGGAGCCCACGCCGCCUCCGCAGAGCAGUCUUCGCAACCAGGCACAGUUGCCCAUGAGGCCGGUGGCACAGUUUAUUUCUACGACGCCACGCAGAUGUGGCCUAACGCAUCCUAUGCCACGCCAUCUGCACCGGGGCCUGGUGGCGUCAUCGGCAUGGGUGGAAUGAUGACUCCUCCAGGCACAACCUACUAUUAUCCGCAGCCGCAGGGUGGUGUAUACUACGCUCCGCAAUAA